AUGUCCAUUUUGACGUACAGUGGCGGCUCCUGUCUGGCAAUGGCCGGCAAGGAGUGCUUCGUUGUCAUCUCCGACAACCGCCUCGGUGAGCAGCUGAAGACGAUUUCCAUGGAGGUGCCAAAGCUUCACGUAAUCAAUGACGGUACCGUGUUGGGGCUCACUGGUCUUCGCACCGAUCAACAAACCUUCGCCGCGAAGGUUCAUUUCCGCACGGAAAUGUACAAGCUACGUGAGGAACGUGAUAUUGGCGGGAAGGCGUUUGCAGCACUGAUAGCAUCUAUGUUGUACGAGGCCCGCUUUGGCCCCUGGUUUGUGGAGCCGGUGAUCGGCAGCAUCGACAGGAAGACAGGCGAAGUGUAUCUUUGCGCCAUGGACCUCAUUGGAGCCCCGUGCGAACCGGAGGACUAUGUGUGUGCCGGUACCUGCGCUGAGAGUCUUCACGGUAUGUGCGAGGCCUUGUGGCGCCCUGGGUUAGGGCCCGAGGAGUUGUUUGAGGUUGCCGCACAGGCAAUGCUGUCUGCCUGUGACAGGGACUCGCUUUCUGGCUAUGGUGGCGUGGCGGCUAUUGUGACGAGGGACAAAAUAGUCACUCGCCUCAUCAAGGGCCGCAGGGACUAA